UUAUAGUAAGUAUAGCAACUAUAUAUAUACAUUUAAGAUAAAAGGUAGAAAUAAAAAAGCGGAACACGUACCGUUGCUACAAUCAAUAUAAAAUGCAUAAAUGUAAUUUAACAACUUUUUAACUUCCUCACUACUGUAUACUGAUAACGCAAAACACUUGAAACACUAUAUAUGUAAGUAUACUUAUAUACGUAUAAUAAUCGAUUGUAAUGAUAUAAUUACAAAAAUUAUAAACCUUUAUAAAUGAAGCCACUUAUACAUUAACUUAAAUUACAUUACAUUAACUUAAAGAUGGCCCAGGGCACAGGUGCCUGGACGGAUUUAAAAGUUGCUCUAGGGUUCGGCUUUAAUUGGUUUAGGGUUUUAGGAUUAUUUUCUCUCUCUUUCUUCCCCCACCUUCUUUUAAUGUUUAUUUUUUUGUAUGCCAUGGCGUGCAUAGCAAAUAAUUAACCGAUAAUGUCAAUGCGUCAUGAGUUCUCCUAAAAUCCUUUAUAGGGAUCGCCUCGUUAAAAACUGAUUCAAAAUGUGGAAAUACAUGCCAAAUGGCAGUAUUAAUCAGGGCUUCUGCUAAGGCUAAAUUCUAAAUUCCCUUCUUCAGAUUUUUAAGGGGUCCGGCCUGUUCUUCGCCGUAAUUUGAAGGGGUCCCCUGGGACCCCAUUGACGAAAUUGAAGGGGUCCUCCGAACUUUCAAUGCGUACUGUACGCAAUUUUUUGCGUAAGCAGAAGCCCUGAUUAAUUAAUCUGAUUACACCAAAAGUGAUAUUCAAUAUUGUCAACCGGAAAUGGUCUGUCAUAUAUUAAUUGUGUCAUCUCGAUCCUCCGUGGUGUUGUUGCGUGAUUGUCACGAACGAGAGAACAAGAUAUGUUUCUUAUAUUGUUUAUCGACUUCAACAAAAGAAAGGAAUAAGUUGGAUGCCUAGCACAGUUUUGACUAGAUGUUAUUAUGUAAAAAUAAAUCAAUAAAGGGGAGGAACUCUGCAUAAAGCUAAAUCCGAAGGUUCUGAAGUAAAUAUAUGAGGGAAAUAUGAAUGGUGAACGCCCACGAUGAUCUAAAAGCCUGUCAUAAUAAAUAAAAAAUUACAUUUAUUUCCAUUAUGCAUUAAUGCAUGUCUCCUGCACAAAAGUGUGAUAUCCUAGCUCUGGGUAAUUUUGUGUACGAAAAGAAUCAAGAGAAGACUUUAAAAUUAAUUCUUUUUGCUGUAUUAUUCUCUAAUUCAAUGAAUGCGUGCAGUUUUGAACUGCCUAAAAUAAUCAGUAAACAAACUUAUUUUUCUUUAAUCGUAUCAAACUGGUUUUCAUUUUCAGAUAACAUUCACAGGUUAUUACCGUCUCUGGCACCACAAAUCUAAAUUUAAUUUGUGAAUUCAUGCUUUGUUUUUAUCAAACAAUUAUGCAUAAACAUGAUAAUUAAUUAUAUGUGUUGCAUCAUCUUUUCUUGUCCUGAAAGUGCUACAGUGUUUAGUAGACUGAAAUUUGUAUGUCGUGUGAUCCAUGUGGUCCGAAAGCAACACAACACAGGCAGCAAGCAUAAGACCUUCAAAACUUCAUAUGAUGCCAUCAUCGUGGGAGGUGGUCACAAUGGACUUGUUGCUGCUGCUUACCUACAGAAGUCUGGUUUGGAUGUAUGUGUACUUGAGCGCCGUCAUGUUAUUGGUGGAGCUGCAGUCACAGAAGAGAUAGUGCCAGGUUUCAAAUUUUCAAGAGCAUCCUAUGUGCUUAGUUUGUUGCGGCCACAAAUUGUCAAAGACCUUGAAUUAAAGAAGUAUGGUCUAAAAGUUUAUCUUCGCAAUCCCAGCAGCUACACCCCACUUCUUGAACCUGGAGGAAAAGACAGAAAGGCACAUUCUUUGUGUCUUGGCCCAGAUGCUGAACAGAAUAAAAAACAGAUUUCUCAGUUUUCAGACAGAGAUGCACAGGCAUUUGAAGAGUAUGAACAACAGCUAAAACGGAUAGUGUCAGCCAUGGAUAUAUUGCUGGACAGUCCACCGAUAUCAUGGACAAGUUUACUCAGCUCUUCAUUAAGCACUAAAUGGCAGGCCAUACCUGCUGUUCGAGCUCUCAUUUCUGCAGUGUUGAAGAUUGGGAAAGAUAUGCCAGCUUUUUAUGAACUAAUGACAGCCUCAUCACAGAAGGUGUUAAAUCGGUGGUUUGAGUCUGAGCCUCUUCGAGCAACGUUAGCCACUGAUUCUGUGGUUGGCACCAUGACUAGUCCUGUCAUUUCUGGCAGUGCCUAUGUACUGCUGCACCAUGUGAUGGGGGAGCUAGAAGGAAUUAAAGGAGCCUGGGGAUAUGUAGAAGGGGGAAUGGGAAAUGUAUCACAUGCUAUAAAAAACUGUGCAGUAGAUCAUGGUGCUGAUGUGUUUUGCGACAAGCCUGUCACUCAAAUUACUCUCAAAGAGGACCAUGCUACAGGAGUUGUCCUCGAAGAUGGUACAGAAAUAAAGUCCAGAGUUGUACUGUCCAAUGCAACCCCGAAAGUCACCUAUCUCAACCUUCUACCUCAAAAUGCUCUGCCUCAGAAAGUCACACAGUCUCUUGAACAGUAUGACUACACAUCUCCUGUCACUAAAAUAAAUCUUGCCCUGGACUGCCUUCCAAGUUUUCUAGCUGAUCCAAACUUGCAAAAGAAUGAACCUAUGCCACAUCACCAGUGUUCCAUCCAUCUAAACUGUGAGAAUAUGCAGAUGAUUCAUGAAGCAUUUCUUGAUGCUCAGAGAGGACUGCUACCUUCAAGGCCAAUGAUUGAAAUGGUGAUACCUUCUAGCCGUGAUCCAACUCUAGCGCCACCAGGGAAGCAUGUUGCUUCAUUAUUUACUCAAUUCACUCCAUACACACUAGCGAAGGGAGCUGUUUGGGACGAAGAAACUCGGAACAAGUAUGCCAGCAUUGUGUUUGAUGCUAUAGAAAACUAUGCACCAGGUUUCAAGGCUAGUAUUAUUGGCUGUGAUAUCUUGACCCCACCUGACUUAGAGAGAAUUUUUGGACUCACAGGAGGUAACAUUUUCCAUGGCACUAUGUCUCUUGAUCAGCUUUACUUCUCUCGACCAAUUCCAUCUCUUGGUAACUACAGGGGACCCAUUGUUGGCCUUUACUUGUGUGGCAGUGGUUCUCACCCAGGUGGAGGAGUUAUGGGAUCAGCUGGAAGACUAGCAGCACAAGCAGUACUGGCAGAUAUCAAGCACCUGAGAAAAUACUGAAUGGAUCUGAACUUCCAAUUAAGGAACAGUAGUGUUGGUGCUCAAGAAACAAGCUGUGCUCAGUACCUUAUACUUGACUGUUUGGCACGUUUCUGAAAUUUAAAAUGUUAUUUUCCAGUUGCCUUUAUUUCCUUUCCUUGUAUUGACUUUGUUCUUUUAUGCAACAUCACAAUUAGUUUCAUGUGCAAAUAAAAUGGAAAUAGGUACUUUUAUUGACACAAAAAGUUCUGUUGCAGUGUGUGUAGGGUGAUAAAUGUGGUCACCCUCUCUGGAGUUUCUCUGCCAUCAGAACAGUUCUGCUGAUUACCGAGUUAUAAUGUAUCAAAUUAUCUACUUGUAACUAGUGAUAGUGUAUAACUGUUUUAAAAAUUUUUGUCAUUGUAUCCUUUUGAAGAAAAUGAAAUUAAAGUAUUUUCAUUCCCUC